CUCUCUCGGGAGCAAGUCACUAUCGAAUAAUAACUAAGCGAGGCUAGUCGUUUAGGGGGCAUAGGAUUCCCGGUGCUGCGGGUGAGCACGGGGUUGCUGCAAGUAGGGGCGCAGGCCCCGGGGCUGCUGCAGCAGCAGUACCCAGUCAGCCACAUUUGCGGUACGGACAAUAAAUCCUGCUCACGAUGGGGGAGACAAAGAUUAUUUACCACCUUGACGAGCAGGAGACCCCCUACCUGGUCAAACUGUCCAUCCCUGCUGAUCGGGUCACACUGGGCGACUUCAAGCAGGUCCUUAACAAGCCCACAUACAAGUUUUUCUUUAAAUCAAUGGACGAUGACUUUGGAGUGGUGAAGGAAGAGAUUUCUGAUGACAAUGCUCGACUUCCCUGUUUUAAUGGUAGAGUUGUUUGCUGGCUGGUAUCGGCAGAAGGGUCACAUUCAGAUGGUGGUUCUGUUUGUGCGGACAGCCAUGUUGACUUGCCCCCACAAAUUGAAAGGACUGGAGGAAUUGGAGAUUCCCGCCCCCCUUCAUUCCACCCAAACACAGGAGGAAGUCAGGAGAACCUGGACAAUGAUACAGAAACAGAGUCUGUGAUGUCACUACGGCGAGAAAGAUCACGACGGAAAGAAGCACUUGAACAUGUUCCUCGAGUAAAUGGGACAGCCAAGUUGGAACGACCGCACCACCGAGGUGGCUAUGACAGCUCUUCCACAAUAAUGAGCAGUGAGUUGGAAACCACCAGCUUCUGUGACUCUGAGGAGGAUGAUUCUGCCAGCAGGUUUAGCAGCUCAACAGAACAGAGUAGUGCCUCUCGUUUGAUGAGGCGACAUAAGAGACGGAGGCGAAAACCAAAGACACCAAGAAUUGAGCGGUCAUCUUCAUUCAGCAGCAUCACUGACUCCACAAUGUCACUCAAUAUCAUCACUGUUACGUUAAACAUGGAGAAGUACAACUUCUUAGGAAUCAGUAUUGUGGGCCAGAGUAAUGAGCGAGGUGAUGGUGGCAUUUACAUUGGAUCCAUCAUGAAGGGUGGUGCUGUGGCAGCAGAUGGAAGAAUCGAACCCGGAGAUAUGCUCUUACAGGUUAAUGAUAUUAACUUUGAAAAUAUGAGCAACGAUGAUGCAGUGCGUGUCCUGAGAGAAAUUGUGCAUAAACCAGGUCCGAUCACAUUAACUGUUGCCAAAUGUUGGGACCCUGCACCUCGAGGCUGCUUUACAUUACCAAGAAGUGAACCUGUUCGGCCAAUUGAUCCAGCAGCGUGGGUCUCCCACACAGCAGCCAUGACAGGAACAUGCCCGGCCUAUGGUAUGACCCCUUCCAUGAGCACCAUCACUUCCACUAGCUCCUCCAUCACCAGCUCCAUCCCAGAAACGGAACGAUUUGAUGAGUUUCACUUGUCCAUCCAUAGUGACAUGUCCAGUAUAGUAAAAGCCAUGGCAUCUCCAGAGUCUGGCCUUGAGGUCAGGGACAGGAUGUGGCUGAAAAUUACAAUACCCAAUGCCUUCAUAGGUUCAGAUGUCGUAGACUGGCUCUACCACCAUGUGGAAGGUUUUACUGACCGAAGAGAAGCACGGAAGUAUGCUAGUAACCUGCUGAAGGCUGGAUAUAUCAGGCACACAGUGAACAAGAUCACAUUCUCAGAGCAGUGCUACUACAUAUUUGGUGACCUCUGUGGUAACAUGGCUGGAUUAUCUCUACAAGACCAUGAUGGAUCAAGUGGUGCCUCUGAUCAGGAUACACUUGCCCCUCUCCCACAUCCCGGAGCUGCACCUUGGCCAAUGGUAUUCCCUUACCAGUACCCACCUCCACAUCCGUAUAACCCUCACCCAGGAUUUCCAGACCCAGCAUAUAGCUAUGGUGGUGGUGGAAGUGCUGGAAGUCAGCCCAGUGAAGGUAGCAGAAGCAGUGGUUCCAACAGAAGUGGGAGUGAUCGAAAGAAAGAUCGAGAUCCCAAAGGUGGGGACUCAAAAUCUGGUGGCAGUGGUAGUGAAUCUGAUCAUGCUACUAGGAAUAGCAGCCGAAGAGACCGAGCAGCUAGCGAGCAUUCUGUACCAAUAAGUGAACACAGCCAUCACAGCCACAGAAGCCAGCAUUCGACAGCCCACAGCAUAAGAAGUCAUCACACACACCAGUCCUAUGGUCCUCCUGGUGUGCCACCCCUCUACAACCCACCAAUGAUGAUGAUGAUGCCACCAACACCUUCUGCCAUGGGACCUCCUGGUGCUCCACCAGGUCGUGAUUUGGCUUCUGUUCCCCCAGAACUAACAGCUAGUAGACAGUCGUUUCGGAUAGCCAUGGGCAACCCUACAAAGAAUUAUGGGGUGUUUGAAUACCUUUGACAUUGGCUGCCAGAUGGAGAAAGGAAGUUUAUCUAGUGGAAGCGUGUCACUUCCUGUUUGAGCAUCAUGGCAGCCCUACUUAUACUGGUACUACAGGAAAAAAAAUCCAGGGAAAGGUGAAGAUUAAUGGCCUUCAUUGAGUCCAUCCUCAAAGCCUUCAGAUGGUUUAAAAAUUCAGUUUGCAUUUAAAAAUUGUUUUAUUUUAUGAACAUUACGUGACAGCUUGAAGAUCUAGGAAGGAUCACCACAAGCCCUACUAUCAUCCAGACUGAGAUGAAGAAUUAUAUUGAAUGUUGCAGAAGCUUUACAGUGUGUGAUUUUGUGUGACAUCAGGAACAGCAGAAUGCAGGAUUUUACAGAUAUUUUAAGUCCUUUGAACUGAUUUAGUGUAACAGCUGUGCAUUGGGAAGGAUGCAGAAGAAUGCCAUUUGGUCAUACCACUGACCACCAUCAUAUCGAGAUUUGAUCAGACUGUGAAUUCAGAUUUUGUUUCUCAGUGUAGUCAAAACAAUGUAGAACUGCUCUGCUGUGAAUUUUUAGAAUUCCCAUAUUUUUAUCUGGGCUUCUGUUGUAGAUUCUAUUUGGUUGAAGUACACCAGAUAGGUAUAUGUUAAUGUAAUUAAAAUAAUGUGUUUAUGUAAACCUGAUUGGAAGUGGAGGCUGCAGUUGCUCCUCAAGACAACCAGAAAGGAUUUCAGUCAGAUUCACAGCUUUUCAUUGCUUUUUUGUUUGCAAAUUGUGUGAGUCUGUUUUCUUAGAAUAAAUGUAAUUCAUUUUGUACUGUCCAGAGGAAAGUCUGUUCAAAAGACUUGACAUCUAAUAGAAGCUGCAGGUACAAGACAGUAACUUGAUUUUUUUCUACAGCACACAAACACAAAUGUGAACUACAGCAGAAGCAUUUUAUGAAGUAACGAGAAGUGACUUGCACUGGCCUUACUCUACAUUCCUGGAUUUCUUAAUAAAAUCAUGUUUGCAUAAUGGUCAGAUAACAUUUUGAGGCAGGUCUGCAGAUAUCCUUAAGAAAUGAAGGGAGCACAUCUGAGGUUUUGGGUCUGCUUGGCUUUAUGAAAGUAGAGAAGAUCCGGUUAACUAUGGGUCUAUAUUAAAUUAUCAAAUGGAACGAAUGUCGAACGGACGAAAUAUCGAAAGUGCCGUUCAAACUGCGCCCCCACACCCCCCGCUAAUUAUAUAUACCAACUCCGAGAUCGCACUACAGUGAGGAAAGGGCAAAAUCCCCAAUCUUCACUGCACUCCAAUCCCACAAACCAGAACUCGAUGAAUGGCACUUUCAAUAUUUGGGCCGUUCGAUAAUUUAAUAUAGACCCUUAACUAUAUGCAGCUUCAACAAGUGUCACUUGCAUUACUGCCUUUUCCCAGUUGAAACCGUUGUCAUUUUUACUGCCAAACCAUAACUGGGGUGUUUCCAUUGUCAGAGACUUGGAAUCCUAUAUUUGGCCUGUUUGCAUAACAGUUUUGAAUGUAAAAUAUUACUUUUGACAUGCUAGCAAUUCAGAUGGUGUACUAUUUUCACAGUGUCACCGCUGUUUAUUUCAUAGCAUUGCUCUGCUGUCUGGUUGGUUUACCAGAUGUGGAUGUUGGAACCUGUGCUUACUUUUUUAAAAUGCAAAAGGCUAGCACAAGUCUUUGUCUACUCAGAUGUAUGUUCACACACUACAACUCCUUUUUUUUUCAGAUACAUGACCAUGCACUGACAGAUGUAAAAGGUUGUACACGGGUGAGCAAAAAUUGUCAAUUCACAAAAUGGAAGCAAUUUUUCAUACAUUCAGAGAAAUAAUGGAAACUGCUGGCACAGUGCCAGAUUGUUAUAUUAUGUGAAACAUUUAACACAGUUGGCAGUUAAAGUGCAAAAAAGCAGAGUUCAACUUUCAGUUAAGUAUUUAUAACUAUAAUUUUAAGUUAAUGAUGCAGGUAAUAGGGUAAUAAGAUUUUGAGAAAUAUGCUUCAGAAAUGGCAAAUUAUAUGAAAUAAAAUAGAAGUUGGACUAACUCAUGCUUUUUGUUUACAUAUUUUGGUGUGCAGAAACACUACAGAACAUACUGUACAUUUUUAUAUAUACCUGUAUAUAUUUUAUGUUCAAGUUAGUUUGCCUGCGGUAAAAGAUUGUUGUUCAAUUUUUACUGGGUUAGUUCACCAUUCUGUUUUUGUGAUGAUGGUAACAUCUGUGAUGGAUAGGGCUUCCCACCGGUGAAUUUCAGUGUAGACAAAUAAUUUAAGUCAUGUAUAUUGUGAAUGACAAUUGCUCCCAGUGUUCAAAGAAGGUUCAACAUCAUGCUUUGUGUAAUAAAAUUAGCUUGAAACAGCACAAA